AAAACAGCUCUUUUCAAUACAUAUUUCACUAUCUCUGCUGGUCUGAGUCCAUGCACUGGUGGAACGGCCAGGAACCAGUUUUAGAGCAGACUCAUCGCAGCUCUCGCUCCCACCCAGCCGACCAUGGAUUGCAAAGCCAUCGGUAUUGCAUUUGCUGUUGGAAUUGUCAUUGGAGCUGCAAUUGUAGCACUGGCAAAGGGUGAGACCAUCGACUUUUCUAGGAAUUUCAAGUAUUUUGGCUUCAGUUUCAGAAUCGGAGACUCUGCCAAGAUUUCCAAGAGGAAGCCAAUGCCAGAUGAGGGACCUAAGAAGGAGACAAUUUCAGAUGAGGAAUCUGGGAAGGAGACAGCUCCUGGUGAUAACCCCAAGAAGGAGACAACUUCAGAUGAGGAUUCCAGGGAGACAAAUACUGGUGAUGAGGCCAAGAAGGAGACAACUUCAGAUGAGGAAUCCAGGAAUGAGAUGAAUAUUGGUGAUGAGCCCAAGAAGGAGAAUAGUCCAGGGAACAAAGGGAAAGCCGUUGGAGCUGCCAUUGGAGCCGCAGUGGGAGCAGGAGUGGCACUGGUUGGCCUCCCACUGUUCAUUGGCGCGCUGGGGUUCACAGGAGCUGGCAUCGCCGCUGGCUCCAUCGCUGCCAAGAUGAUGUCAGCAGCUGCCAUCGCCAAUGGUGGCGGAGUGGCCGCCGGCAGCACCGUUGCUGUGCUGCAGUCCAUCGGAGCUGCAGGUUUUUCUCUUGGUGCCAAAGCUGGGCUGACAUCUGCCCUGAGCUCAGUUGGUGCAGCAAGCGGUGCCUGGCUGUCCAAGUGCAAGAACCCUCCAAGUGACAAACCUAAAAAAGGAUAAAAAUCCAAGUGACAAACCCAAGAAAAAGUAACUUGGAUGACAAACCUGAGGAGACAACUCCAGACAAGAAACCCAAGAGAAGCCAAGCAGGUGCCUGACCCCAAGGCCUUGCCAUGCACAAUGGCAGGUGCUGGGAAACCCCCACAGACCCCUCAGGGCUUUUGCUCCCUCCUCUCCCUCCCUUUAAAAGCUUUGGGUUCUGUUGAGCAGUGAGUCCCUUGAAGCCAAUAAAGGUGCUUUUCCUGCAGCAGA